UCUUACAAACAUUUCACAAUAUUAUUAAAAAAAAAACAUUGAAAAAUUAAAAAAUGUUAAUAAAAAUUCCAAGUAACUUCUAUUCGACCUUUCGGAAACUCCCCUCAUCAUUUCUCAUACAAACUUUCAAAUUACUCUCUGUUUGCAAGCGAUUUACUACCACAAAUCAACCAAUUCCAUCAACUGUCCUCUUGAGCUUUCGACAAAAUCACAAUUGGAAACGUCACAUGGAGUAUAGCAAUAGACGUCGAAAAGUUAUUCCCAAGUUGGUGUAUCUGCAUAAUCCUUGGAUUUAUUUAGUUACACAAUUCAAUCUGUUGCGUUAUCAGCUGUUCUGGGAUAGAAAUUUUAGUCCUUCCGAAUUUAUUAGAGGAGCCAAACAGGCCGCCGUGGUGGUUACAAACACCAUUCGAAAUCAAAAUAUCGAUGGCAUCAGUAAAUUCACCACCCCUAGAGGCUAUAAACAAAUCACCCAAGAUAUGCUGCUCUCCCGCGAGGAUACGCGAUUAAAGUUGGUGCGUUUCGAAGUUGAACACUUUAGGCGGACCAUACCCAUAAAAGUAGUGACGAAAUUCAAUAAUGGACGCAAAUAUUGUUUGAUUGAUGUCUUAUUUGUGGGUCUACGUAAUACCAAAGACUUUGAAACCAUUGAAGAGAUUCUGGAGAUAAAAAGCAUCCUAAAUAAUCUGCAAGCGGAUCUUAACAUGACUCAUGAAGUAUCCUCGAUAUCUCAUCGCAUAGUAUUUGCUGAGAUUUUCAUACGAUUUCGAAGGGAAUGCACCACUAAUGGCGGCAAAGAUGACCAGAUUGAAAGUCAGGGACAGGCCAAUGAUAAGGAUUGGGCUGUGGGUUUCUAUAAAAUACUUUCCUUUGAUGUUUUCAAUUAUAAUCAGAGAGAAAAAUAGGAAAUUUGAUGUAUAUUCUCAAAAAAAUUAAAAAUGGCAAUCAAAUAAAAAACAUUUCUUACAAAUGA